AAUCAAACACUCACUCCUUUCUUAUAGGAGGUACAUACAAAAUUAUAAUUAGUGUGACACCAAAUCUCUAGGCUUGGAACUCACAAUUUUUAAUCAAUAAAUCACACAUGUCCUAACUAAAAAAACAUAGGUGAGUUUCUCAAGCCACGAACACGAGCCUUACCCCUUUACCAACCAUUUGUCCUUCAUUUCAACCCCAUCAUCUAAUGUAACCUUAUCUUUCUACUUCCUCCCUUAAUUCUCCCUCUCAAAAAAACCAUCUCAGAAAUAUCCUGAUCACAAAAUCUGUUGUUUGAGCUACACACAAAAAUGUCUGGUGGAGUUGGACCAACUGGCUGUGACAUUAGCCUACCAAAAGAAGAACAAGAAAUUGAACACAAAGAAGAACAAGACAAAUCACUCAACAAAUCAACAAGCACACCACAAAGAAAGACUAGUUUCCUCUCAUUCCGACAACUCAAUUGUUUAGCUGUUGUUGUUGUCUUAUCAGCCAGUGGCAUGGUUAGCCCUGAAGAUUUUGGAUUUGUACUCUUCUCAGUAAUCUACAUGUGCUUCAUAUCAAAAGUUGCUUUUCCAUCUCACCCUUCAAAAGAACAACCACCAAUUUUCACUCAACAAAUCAAGAUCCUUAAAAUUUAUGUUUUCAUAGGAGCAAUCAUUGGACUAUAUGCUCCUAUAGCAUAUAUUUUACAUGGAAUAUUUGAAGGUGAUAAGGAAGGUAUUAAAGCAGCUACACCACAUGUUUUUCUUUUGGCUAGUCAAGUUUUUAUGGAAGGUGUUGCAUUUUCAAAUGGAUUUUCUUCUCCAAUAAGAGCUUUUGUUCCUGUUAUUUAUAAUUCAAGGAGGAUUUUCACUAUUGUGGAUUGGCUUAGAGAUGAGAUUUCCAAGGUUGGAGAAGAGCACAGUGGUUCUUAUAAAAGGAUUUAUGCUGGAAGAGCACUUGCUGUGGCUAAUAUGGCUUUUUGGUGCUUUAAUUUGUUUGGAUUUUUAAUACCUGUUUAUCUUCCUAGAGUUUUUAAAGCGUAUUAUUCAAGCCAGAAAGUAAAUUAAGGAAUGAUUAGGUAGCUAUAGGGUGUUGUUUAUGUAUGAUUUGGAUAGAGUAUUAUAUUUAUAUUUUGAUGAUUUGUAUAAGGUCUUGAACCAUGACUUUUCUGCUGGUUAUUCUAUGAUAUUUGUAUAGUAAUUAAAUAAAUUUGACAGUAGAAAUACACACUUUGUAUA